AUGAUCUUUCUCAUCGACAACGACGGGGGUGAGCUGGAGCUGUUCCCCAAUCCCACGGGCUACGACUACAAUGAGGUGACGCUUCCGCUUUCGAAGAACAAGCUCAUCGUCUUUCGUUGCGAUGCCCUGGGCUUGAACUACAGCUACCGCCCCAAAGGCAAGCACAUGGCGCUGCAGUCUUGGGUCCUGGAUGUGCCUUCUGAAUGGAAGGACAAGGAGGAGGCCUUGCGGAUCCUGGACGGCCCAGAGGAGCCAGAAGGCCGACGUAACAACGUCAUGGGGGUUUGCACCCGAUAUCCGGGUCUCGGCUUCGAGGUGCAGGCGUACUGGAACAUGUUAGCCGCCGGCACGGACACGGAGGUGAAAAUACCCAUCCAGCGCUGGGACACGGACAUCUACUACAGGGCGGAGCACACGAUCGGCUUCUCAAUGACCUGCCAUGGAGCGAAUCUUCAGCAGUCGGAAAUCGAGAUGUUCGACAACCAGUUCUUCGGCAUCGACAAGAGGGAGGCGAUAGAGAUGGCGCCUUACAUGCGAGUCAUGUUGGAGGUGGGCUACGAGGCCCUGCACAAUGCCGGGCACCGGCGAAGCGAGCUGAAGAACUGGAAGUGCGGCGUCUUCUGCGGGGAUUCCGGCUCCGACUGGGAUGGCAUUCACUACACGAUGGGCAAGGACCUGGACCUCAAGCUGGCGGGCAG